GGUAAACUGGUUGUUAAGGGAUAUGUGUGGGAAAAGAUUAAGGCCAUAGAUUAUGUAAAGAAGAAAAUUUCACGUUUGACCCCGAGCUAAGGUAUCAUACACACGAAAAUGGGAUCAACCAGAAUGGUGGAAUUUACAGAACCUGACAAAAGUUUUCUGAAAAUGCCUCAUUGUUGCGUAAUGUUAUGGAAAGGAGGAGGAGAAAGAUCUGAAAUUUUGAAUUAGUUAACUGUGUGCCAAAUCAUUAUAGGCGUUGAUCUGUCACAUUAUCAAGAAAUCAGAUUUCUGACCAGAUUAUUAGCAAUGAAUGAUUUUUUUCCUGGGUGACCUUUAAGUUAGUCCUACUUCAAUAUCCAGGACAUAGGAAGUGUUGCUCAAAGAAAAAAUGUUACAUCCUCUACAUGGGGUCUGGGUGGUGGAUUACCAAAUGCAAGAUUUGAAGAAAUAGAGGAUGGUUCUUAUGCGUGAGCCAAAUAUAGCUAUUCUUUGGGGAGAAUCAGUGGCUGGAAGUAAGGAAUACACACACUUGCACCUCUUGACCAGAAAUGAGGAAAAAUGGAUUGCCCACAUGGGAGGAACAUUUGUAUCGGAUUCUGAGUAUGAGGAAGACGAGAGUGUGUAUGAAGAAGAGGGCGAUGGCAACUAUUAUGAACAAGAAUCUGGAGAGUACCGUCAAUGGCCUCAAAGUUUCAGGGAAACAACUGAUAUCUUUACAAUUACUGCAUCUCCUAGUAUGGCAUCCUGCAUAAUGCGUGGCACUAGUAUUUUGUCAAGUCCUGACAUCCACGGUGUUAGUACCUUGGAUGCUACCCAGAGGGUUCCUUUGUUGGCCGACCUUGAAAAUGCAUUUCAAAGAAGAGACCCAGAAAGAUCUUCAAAAUUACCUACACGGUUACAACCUUCAUAUUUACAGAAGUCGACAUUGUAUAAGCAACCAACUGCAGAACUUCCCAUCAGCCAUGGAUGUACACUAGUACAAACUAUUUUCAAUGGCAUAAAUGUUAUGGCGGGUGUGGGACUUCUGUCAACACCAUUUACUGUGAAGGAAGCUGGUUGGGCAAGUUUAGCAGUGCUUCUUCUUUUUUCUGCUGUCUGUUGUUAUACAGCCACUUUGAUGAGGAGGUGCUUUGAAACCAAUUAUGGUAUCUGGACCUUUGCUGAUAUGGGAGAAGCUGCAUAUGGGAAAUGGGGGCGUAUAUUAGUAUCUAUCAUUUUGUACUUGGAGCUAUAUUCGACUUGUGUGGAAUAUGUUAUUUUGGAGGGUGAUAAUCUUACCAGGUUAUUCCCUGGAGCACAGAUUGAUUUGCCUGAUUUCAACUUAGAUUCUCAGCCCUUAUUUGCAACCCUUGCGAUUAUUCUCAUUGUACCGACAUUAUGGUUCAAGGAUUUACGGCUGAUCUCUUAUCUUUCAGCUGGAGGGGUAGUUUCAACGGCUAUUGUGGUUCUUUGUCUUCUACUUCUUGGUACAGCAGAGAAGGUAGGGUUUCACCAUACAGGUCAAGUGGUCAACUGGAGAGGUGUCCCUUUUGCCAUUGGUGUCUUUGGUUUCUGCUUUAAUGGGCAUACUGUUUUCCCAAAUAUCUACCAUUCCAUGUCUGAUAAAACCCAAUUUACAAGGGUUUUAAUUAUAUGUUUUAGUUUGUGUGUUCUUAUGUAUGGUGGAGCUGCAGUCAUGGGAUUUAUGAUGUUCGGUCCAGAUACACUGUCACAGAUUACUCUGAACAUGCCUAACCAUUCAGUUCUUUCUAAAGUUGCAGUUUGGACAACAGUUAUGCUCCCACUCUUCAAAUAUCCUUACCUUUACAUAGAAGAACUGCUGCCUCAUGGUUUGUCUGGUAGCUUUUGGUGUUUCAUUCUGCUAAGGACUAUCCUAGCAAUCUCUACCCUUUUUGUGGCUUUCUUGGUGCCCUUUUUUAGUACGAUGAUGGCUCUUGUUGGUUCUCUUUGUAGUGUACUUAUGGCUGUUAUAAUGCCAUCAUUGUGUUUCUUGAAAAUUGUAGGCGACAAGGCAACUAACAGACAGGUCAAGAUUAGCAUUGCAAUUGUAAUAUUGGGCAUAGUCUGCUGUGCCGUUGGAACUUACAGUUCGGUUUCAAGAAUGCUGCAGAAAUACUGAUACAGAUCAAUGUCGCCAAUUGCGCGCCUUUCUCUUCUUCAUGGCUCGAGCUUUUCUCGUCCACAGAUUCAAGCGUUUGAGUAUUUGUUUUGAGAUCCAUGAAUUUAAGUGUCCUUAGGGGCUGUUUG